GGGCGUAAGGUGUCGCGGCGAGCAGUACGUAUUGUUUGCCUCGUGUGGCGGCGUGCGCUGACCAGAGCUUCGCACAGUGGCGGCAUGCUGUACGCAUCCGCUGGACCUCCUCAAAGUGCAAGUCGCGUAGUCCCCCGACGCCCGUGCGCCAGCUUACACUGCCCCUUCCUCCCCCAGACGCAUGCAGACGCUCGAGCACAAUCCCGGCGUCGCGCGCCCCUCCUUCCUCUCCACGUUACGCCUCUCCCUCUCCGAGCGCGGCUUCUUCGGCCUCUAUACCGGCCUCUCCGCCUCCGUCAUGCGCCAGAUGUCCUACUCCCUCGUGCGCAUAGGCUCCUACGAGAAAAUGAAGGCUGCGCUCGGCAAGGACAAGAAGCCCUCGAACCUUUCGCUCCUGGCCGCUGCGAGCGUGGCGGGCGCGAUGGGUGGGCUGGCGGGCAACCCGGCAGAUGUGCUUUUGGUGCGGAUGACGAGUGAUACGGUCCGACCAAUAGAGCAGAGAUACAACUACUCGAAUGCGAUAAGUGGGCUGGUACGCCUUGUCAAGGAGGAGGGUGCCCAAGCGUUGGGAAGAGGAUUGGGAACGAACGUCACACGCGCGGUCCUCAUGAACGCUUCGCAAGUAGGCUCCUACGACUUCUUCAAGACAUCAUUACUAGGAUGGACUUUGCCCGGGACGGAAUACAAGUUCGGUGACAACCUCGUUACACAUUCGAUUGCUAGCUUGGCUGCAGGGACCUUCGCAACGACCGUAUGCUCACCUGCCGAUGUUCUCCGCUCACGUAUUAUGGCGUCUACCGACCACAGCCUGGUGCACGUCCUACAAAAAUCAUUGCGUGAAGAGGGUGCACGGUUCUUAUUCAAAGGCUGGCUGCCCGCCUUCAUCCGCCUCGGCCCGAACACCGUCCUGCUCUUCGUGUUCUUUGAGCAACUCAAGAACGGCUGGAGAAAACUCGUCGAGUAGAGCGAGCCUUCCACGCGCUCUGACCCUCCCGGACCCAGUCUCCCCAUAGAUGUAUCGAUAGACCGCCAUCGGGAUGCACAGACUAUGACUGCCAAGUACCUAUUUAGAGAUCUUGCAUAGCGGUUACGCGUCAGUAGUAGUAUCUAAGUUUCGGCCUUGCAUAGUAGUUGCUACCGUCGGUGCACAGCCGCCACUGCCCUAAGUGGUUGCGUGCUUUGCUCGCUCGCUUUCUACGUAGGAAUGACUAUGCACCAGGAGGAUCGGCGCAUCGUCUGCGGAAGUCUGGUAGUUCCCUAACGCACUAUUGUUAUCGUAUAUAUCUUAUAUCCCGCACUGCAGUCCUCGCUGUAUCGCAUAGCGUCGGUUCGUACAUGCAAUGAUAGAGUAGGUCUGCAUCGUGAAUUUCCAUCGACUCUUGCAUGGCCC